UUCCUCCGGGCGGUCCUCCACAGGGCACCUGCAGAAGUGGCCCCGAACGGUGCUUGCAGCGUGGAGGCGCUCGGAGGGCUGUGGGAAGGGCGGGGGUCUGCGCCGUCGGGCUCUGGCGGCCCUGCGGGCAUUUGAUGGGAGGGCUGGCGUGCAUGGGGCCUGUUACGCAUUGCUUUGGGAUGCCCCUAAGGGGAGUGGAUGGGUACUUAGGGUGCUCGGGAGAGAAGCAGAGCCGAGGGCCACAGACCCGGGCAGUGCAGGAUUCGUUAGAAUGAGCCCUUAAACUGGUUGCGUGUGAGUGGUUAUGGUUUAGUCUAAACAAAAACACAGUAGAAAACUAACUCGGACCCUCGAAGUUUGAGGAGGAAUACCUUGCUACAAAUGUCUGGUGGUGAAGAACUUGCCUUGUAGGCCUCAGGGCGACCAAAGGGAAGUUAGCUUUGAGAAGCUGGUGUUUGACUAAUGAUUGAGAGCUGUAAAAGAAGGGCGUGUGUUGCGCGAUUUUCUUUUAAAUGGUAAUUACUAGGUUGGGCUAGUGGUGAGAGAUCUUGUAAAUGGUUCAAACAGCUGUUUUAAAGCCUUCGCGUGAAAAGCGUUUUUUGUCUUUACUUGACGGUGGAAAUACUCAGAAUGUGGUGCCUUCUUGUGAGAGUGGAGCUCUGAAGCCAUUGUGUGACUAGCAGAUCUUCCUUCCUGACUGGAAAAUUGAAUUUCUGGAAACAUCCACCAUAUUGUAGAGUUUGCCUAUUUAAAGGCUGUCCUUACUGGCUAGCGCUUGGACUAAUUGCCAUAGAAGUAGUGGGAUGGUUUUGAGCUCAAUUCUGUGGAAGAGAACUUUGAGGGAGUGGGCUUAAACUUUUCAGGGAAAUGAAAACCUCUACUUUUAUGUUUAACUUUUUCCCCCCCUCUCCAGCCUCAUCUGUUUCAAUGGUGCAACUCUCUUCAUCCCCUUCUGGUUACCAGUCACCUUCAGGCCAUUCAGAGGAGGGAAGAGAGGGAAAUAUGAAGUCAGCCAAGCCCCAGGUGAACCACAAUCAGCAUGGGGAAAGCCAGCGGGCCAUGAGUCCCCUGCACUCUAUUCUCAGUUCGGCUGCCUCUCCUUCCCAGGCAUAUGAAACCUAUAUUGAUAAUGGACUCAUAUGUCUUAAACACAAAAUUAGAAACAUCGAGAAAAAGAAGCUCAAAUUGGAAGAUUACAAGGAUCGCCUGAAGAAUGGAGAGCGACUUAAUCCAGACCAGUUGGAAGCAGUGGAGAAAUAUGAAGAAGUGCUGCAUAACUUAGAAUUUGCCAAGGAGCUUCAAAAAACCUUUUCUGGACUGAGCCAAGAACUACUUAAAGCUCAGAAGAAGGCCCAGAGAAGGGAGCACAUGCUAAAACUUGAGGCUGAGAAGAAAAAACUUAGAACUAUACUUCAAGUUCAGUAUGUAUUGCAGAACUUGACACAGGAACAUGUACAGAAAGACUUCAAAGGGGGCUUGCAUGGUGCAGUGUAUUUGCCUUCAAAAGAACUUGACUACCUCAUUAAAUUUUCAAAACUGACCUGCCCUGAAAGAAAUGAAAGUCUAAGUGUUGAAGACCAGAUGGAGCAGUCAUCCUUGUACUUUUGGGACCUUUUGGAAGGUAGUGAGAAAGCAGUGGUAGGAACGACAUACAAACACGUGAAAGAUCUGUUGUCUAAGUUGCUGAACUCAGGAUAUUUUGAAAGUAUCCCAGUUCCUCAAAAUGCUAAGGAAAAAGAAGUACCUGUGGAGGAGGAAAUGCUGAUAAAAUCAGAGAAGAAAAAACAAUUAUUGAAAACUGAAUCUGUCAAAGAGUCAGAGUCUCUUGCGGAGCUUGCACAGCCAGAGAUACAGCCACAAGAGUUUCUUAACAGACGCUACUUGACAGAAGUAGAUUAUUCAAACAAACGAGAUGAAGAGCAAUCCUGGGAAGAAGAUUAUGCUAGAAAACCAAAUCUCCCCAAAUGUUGGGAUACGCUUACCGAACCAGACAGUCAGGAGAAGAAACAGGAAUCUUUCAAGUCCUGGGAGUCUCCUGUUAAACACCAGGAGUUAUCAAAGCCUGCAGUUUCCUCAGAACAGAGGAAACAAGAGAUUUCAAAACUCAGGUCCACUCUGCAGGAAGAGCAGAAGAAGCAGGAGACCUCUAAACCCAAGCCAACUCCUGGCCAGUGGAAGCAAGAAACUCCUAAAUCCAAAGCAGGAUACAUUCAAGAGGAGCAGAAGAAGCAGGAGACACCAAAGCCUUGGCCAGUUCAGCUGCAGAAAGAAGAAGAUCCAAAGAAGCAAAUGCCAAAGUCUUGGGUACCUUCUCAGCAGAAUGAACAGGCCAUCACCAAAUCAUGGACCACUCCCAUGUGUGAUGAACAGGAUUCAAGACAGCCAGAGACUCUAAAAUCCUGGGAAAACAAUGUUGAGAGUAAAAAACACCCUUUAACACCACAAUCGCAGAUUUCUUCAAAGUCCUGGGGAGUAGCUACAGCAAGCCUCAUUCCAAAUGACCAGCUUCUGCCCAGAAAGUUUAAUACAGAACCCAAAGAUGUGCCUAAGCCUAUGCAUCAGCCUGUAGGUUCUUCCUCUACCCUUCCAAAGGAUCCAGUGUUGAGGAAAGAAAAACUGCAGGAUUUGAUGACCCAGAUUCAAGGAACUUGUAACUUUAUGCAAGAAUCUGUCCUGGAUUUUGACAAACCUUCAAGUGCAAUUUCAUUGUCACAGCCGCCUUCAACUACUCCAGGUAGCCCAGUAGCAUCUACAGAACAGAAUCUACCCAGUCAAAAUGAGUUUCUUCAAGAGCCAUUACAGGCUACUUCUUCUCCAGUUACUUGUAGCUCAAAUGCUUGUUUGGUUACUGCUGAUCAGGCUUCUUCGGGAUCUGAAACAGAGUUUGUGACCUCAGAGACUCCUGAGGCAGCGGUUCCCCCAAGCAAGCAACCAUCUUCAUUAGCGUCUCCAAAUCCUCCCAUGUCAGUGGGCUCUGAACAGAGCUUCCAGUCACCUCCAGCGAGUAGUAGUUCAGUAACCAUUAACACAGCACCCUUUCAAGCCAUGCAGACAGUAUUUAAUGUUAACGCACCUCUGCCUCCACGGAAAGAACAAGAAAUAAAAGAAUCCCCUUAUUCGCCUGGCUACAAUCAAAGUUUUACUACAGCAAGUACACAAACACCACCCCAGUGCCAACUGCCAGCUAUACAAGUAGAACAAACUGUCCUUCCUCAAGAAACUGCAGCAAGUUAUCAUCCUGAUGGAACUAUUCAAGUAAGCAAUGGUAGCCUUGCCUUUUACCCAGCACAGACGAAUGUAUUUCCCAGACCCACUCAGCCGUUUGUCAAUAACCGGGGAUCUAUUAGAGGAUGUGCUCGUGGUGGGAGACUGCUAACCAACUCCUAUCGGUCCCCUGGUGGUUAUAAAGGUUUUGAUACUUAUAGAGGACCUCCCUCAAUUGCCAAUGGAAAUUAUAGCCAGCUGCAGUUCCAAGCUAGAGACUAUUCUGGAACACCCUAUUCCCAAAGGGAAAAUUUCCAGCAGUGUUAUAAGCGAGGAGCGACAUCUGGUGGUCCUCGGGCAAAUUCAAGAGCAGGGUGGAGUGAUUCUUCUCAGGUGAGCAGCCCAGAAAGAGACAACGAAACCUUUAACAGUGGUGACUCUGGACAAGGAGACUCCCGUAGCAUGACCCCUGUGGAUGUGCCAGUGACAAAUCCAGCAGCCACCAUACUGCCAGUACAUGUCUUUCCCCUGCCUCAGCAGAUGCGAGUUGCCUUCUCAGCAGCCAGAACCUCUAAUCUGGCCCCUGGAACUUUAGACCAACCUAUUGUGUUUGAUCUUCUUCUGAACAACUUGGGAGAAACGUUUGAUCUUCAGCUUGGUAGAUUUAAUUGCCCAGUGAAUGGCACAUAUGUUUUCAUUUUUCACAUGCUAAAGUUGGCAGUGAAUGUGCCACUGUAUGUCAACCUCAUGAAGAAUGAAGAGGUCUUGGUAUCUGCCUAUGCCAAUGAUGGUGCUCCAGACCAUGAAACUGCUAGCAAUCAUGCAAUUCUCCAGCUCUUCCAGGGAGACCAGAUAUGGUUACGUUUGCACAGGGGAGCAAUUUAUGGAAGUAGUUGGAAAUACUCUACGUUUUCAGGCUAUCUUCUUUAUCAAGAUUGAAAGUCAGUAUAGAAUUGACAAUAAAAGGAAAAUGUUCUCAUUGGUGGCUUAAAGGAAAAGUAGUCCUUGCCCUCACAACGGAUUGGCUUAGGAAAAUGUUUUCAUAGAGAAAGGAGGAGGCCCUUACUUUUUUUUCCCCUCCCCAGGGUUAAACAUUUCAAGCCGAAUGACAAUUAGCACUAAUCUGGCACCUUAUAAAUUGUGAUGUAGCCUUGCUAGUGAAGCUGUGAAUGUAUAUUGUUUGCACUUAAUUCCUUAACUGUAUUAAUGUUCAGCUUACUAAACUGAUUGCCUCAAGUUCAGGCAAGUUACAAUGCCUUGUUGUGCCUCAAUAGUAAUAAUAAAAAAAUUAUAUGCACCUUCAGUGUUUCUAUUUGAUUCAACAUUUAGAGAUAAAAUAUCUAAUUUUUAAGUAUCACUGAUAAUUCUUGAGCGGGUUCAUUUAAAAUAAGGUUUUUUAUAUAUAACAGCUCCUUUUAAGGUUACUUUUCUCUAAUAUACAUGUGAUUCAUAAAAUGAUUUGAUCUAUUUUCCAUGGGCCAAAUCACACAUUUUCCUUGAAAGUAUUCUGUUAUCUUGCACUAGGGCAUGUCCAUCCUUUAGCACCUACUACAUCCUAUAGGGUCACUAUGAGUUGGAAUCGAUUCGAGGGCACUGGGUUUUUUGGGUACAUGUAUAAUAAUACAAGAUACAAUAAGGGCUAUACAGGUAAUACUACUGACCUACUAUCAGUAUCUCUUAGCUUUCUAGUGGAUUCUCAAUUUAAUUUGGGGAGGCAAAAUGUGUAAUC